AAAUUCGCAGCAGAGCAGAACAAAUCAAAAGAAAACAUUUGACGCAGGAAGCAGAAGUGCAAAACAGUUUAAAAAAUGCAAAGAUCUCCAAAGAGGCCCAAAAUCAAUGAAGCUCCGUCAGCGACUCUCUUUUCACCGCCGGCAGCUCCACCGCUAAGAUUGACCCAAGAGCAGGAGUUGGCCGUGAUUGUUGCUGCUCUCAAAAACGUAGUUUCUGGCACCGCUUCAAUGGAUUUCUCAAGGGAGUUGAAUAGUAUUAAUAUGCCAAUCAUCACUUCACAUCCACAAUUUGGAAGUGCAAGCAAUAACGGGAAUGGUUUUUGCAACUCUAUAUUGCCUCCAUCUUCGGAUCUUGACACGUGUGGUGUUUGCAAGAUCAAAGGGUGCUUAGGAUGCAACUUUUUCCCGCCAAAUCAAGAAGAUAAAAAGGACGACAAGAAAGGGAAACGAAAGAGAGUAAAGAAGAAUUAUAGAGGUGUAAGGCAACGGCCAUGGGGAAAAUGGGCUGCAGAGAUAAGAGAUCCACGGAAAGCGGCAAGGGUUUGGUUAGGGACGUUUAACACUGCAGAGGAGGCGGCAAGGGCUUAUGAUAAGGCAGCCAUUGAUUUUAGAGGGCCAAGAGCUAAGCUUAAUUUUCCAUUUCCUGAUAGUGGUAUUGCUAGUUUUGAAGAGAGUAAAGAAAAGCAAGAACAGCAGCAGGAAAUCAGUGAGAAGAGAAGUGAAUUUGAAACGGAAAUGAGGAAAGACAAUGAGUUCUUGGAUAAUAUUGUAGACGAAGAGUUACAAGAAUGGAUGACGAUGAUGAUGGAUUUUGGUAAUGGUUCUUCCGGUACCGCAAGUGCUGCUGCUACCAUUGGUUUUUAAUUAAAGUUCCAGGUUUUGUUAAUGUUAAUUUAGGUGCCUAAGAAUGGCAGCUGUAAGAAAUUUUCGAUUCUUUUGUUAUUUUUCAAGAAAGAAUCAUCAAGUCGCUGGUCGUAGAAUGUUAACUUGUACAAUUCUUACUAUACAAUUUAAGGAAAUUUUUACUAAA